UGGUGGCUCUCUCUCUCUCUCUCUCUCUCUCUCUCUCAUCAAUACCCAUUUGUUCUUAUCCUUUCUCAUCAACAACGCACCUAUGAAGAAGUUCAUAUUGAAGCUUGAUUUGCACGAUGACAAGGCCAAACAAAAGGCUUUGAAGACCGUAUCAACACUUUCAGCAGGGAUUGAUUCAAUUGCGAUGGACAUGAAGGAGAGGAAGCUGACAGUAAUUGGGACAGUGGAUCCAGUGAAUGUAGUAAGCAAGCUGAGGAAGUAUUGGCCAACAGACAUAAUCUCAGUAGGGCCAGCAGUGGAGCCCAAAAAGGAGGAACCAAAGAAGGAGGAGCCCAAAAAGGAGGAACCAAAGAAGGAAGAAGCGGGCAAGAAGGAGGAGCCAAAGAAAGAAGGAGAGGCUAAAAAAGACGACGCAAAGAAAGACGAGCCGAAGAAGGAGGACGACAAGAAAGACGAGCCGAAGAAAGACGGUGAAAAGAAGGAGGACGAGAAGAAGAAAGAGCCACCGCAGGUCGCUGUGCCAGCACCGAUGCCGAUACCGAUGCCGAUGCCAAUGCAUAUGCCGAUGCAUAUGCCGAUGGCGAUGCCUAUGUAUAUGCAGCAACCUGACCCAGUAAUGGACAUGGUCAAGGCUCAUAGACCAUAUAACCCUCACUUGACCAGUCAUUACCAUGUCCAUAGCAUGGAAGAGAACCCAAAUGCUUGUGUUAUUUGUUGAGUAUUACAAUGUCUAUGGUGCCUUAAGCUAAGGCAUUUUGGAAGCCAAACCUACUACCCCUUGAAGCUAAAGCUCCCUCUUGUAGAUAAAAAAACAAAAAACAAAUAUUAUGUCUUUUUGGUGUUUUAUUUACCCAAUAUUUUAGUUUAAUAUGUAGAAAUAUUCAAUAA